AUGCAGGCUGCAGAUCUUUUGGGUGCGCUCGACAUUACUCCGUCUCAGGAACGAGAAUCACCAUAUGAUGUUUUUCGUGCGAACUCAUUCGACCGGUCAAACCGGUCGGAGCAAGAUGACAGCUAUGAAACUGACACCGGACUGUUCGAUUCAAGACCUUGGCAUGAGAGAUUUGCAUCGCGACUUCAGUCGACGGCGUUUGAAGGUAUCAUCGCCGUAGCCCUGCUCUUGAAUGUGCUUUGGAUGGCUGCGCAGCUACAGGUCCAUGGAGGUGUCCUGGGGGAUGCCUUGAGCCCGACUAGUACUGUGGACUUGACCAAGCCCGUGUCAACUCCGCUGGACCCGGUCUUCAUGGCUGGAGAUACAAUUUUCGCGACAUUUUUCGCCAUAGAGGUCAUGGUGCGGAUCAUUUUCUUGAGAAUCGAGUUCUGGAAAGUGUGGAGUAAUUACGUGGACGUUGUGGUGAGUGCAGCCGCCAUAUUUCAGGUCGCAUUAGAGUACACGAACUCGUUGCCAAUAAAUUUGGGCCUCUUGCGGUUGAUCCGAAUUGGAAAGUUGGCUCGCCCCAUUCGAAUGAUAACCAUGACCAGUGUCCUUGCCUCUUUGCAGCUGCUCAUCAAAUGUGUGGCGGGCAGCACGAACAUACUUUUCUGGAGCAUGUGCUUGCUCUUCUUUCUGCAAUGCGUUGCCGGAAUGGUUCUGGGCACCUUGUGCCGCGAUUACAUUGCUGAUCCAGGCUAUAGGCUCGAACUCAGGCAGGAGGUCUUCGCAUACUAUGGUACAUUCACAAGAGCGAUCCUGACAAUGUUUGAAGUGCUCUUUGCCAACUGGGGACCGCCUUGUCGUGUUCUCGUUGAAGACAUUAACGAGUGGUUCUCCGUCUUCUUCUUGCUCUAUCGGUGUGUCUUUGGCUUCUCCGUCCUGAAUGUUGUGAGUGCGGUGUUUGUUCAGCAAGCGAUGAAGGUCGCAAGUACAGACGAAGAAAUUGCUUUCAAGCAGAAGGAAAGAGAUUUGGCCAUCUACACAAAAAGGGUAAAAACUCUCUUCCAGACCGUGGAUGACUCAGGAGACGGCUCCAUCAACUAUGAAGAGUUCUCAAAGUUAGUUCAGUCGCCCAAGCUUCAGUUCUUCAUGAGCCAGUUGGAUCUUGAAUACCAUGACCUCCUAUCUCUUUUUGAGUUCCUGGACGACGGCGACGGGCAGAUAACGCUUACAGAGUUUAUCGACGGUGCAGCGCGCUUGAAAGGAGGUGCCAAAGCUGUGGACAUCUGGCGGAUUGAGACAAAGCUCGAGGUCCUUUUCCAGGAGGUUUUGCAGGCGACAGCUGCAAUCCGAGGGAGGCGAACCUCGGUUCAAGAUGUCUUCGACAACAGCAAGUUCAAGAGGAUUCAGACGACAUCUGGCGCUUGA